AUGGAAAUGUCGAUCAAAUAUUCUCAAGAACUUAUAAAUGAUUAUGAAAAAUUAUUUAAAACUGAUAAAGGAUAUGAUGUUAUUAUUUAUGCUGGUGAAGAUGAAGUUGAAAUUCAUGCACAUUCACUUAUUUUAUGUACUAGGUCUCAAUAUUUUCGUGCAGCAUUCUCUAAUGAAUGGGCAAAUAAAAAAGAUGGAAAUUUUAUACUUAAUAAACCCAAUAUUUCCCCUCAAGUAUUAAAAAUUAUUUUAAGAUUUAUUUAUUGUGCAAAGAUCGAUUUGACGGAAUUACAAGGUCCAGAAAUUCUAAAUCUUUUAAUAGCUGUGGAUGAACUUAAUGUUCAAACAUUAAUUCAAUGUAUUAGGGAGUAUUUGAUUAAACACCAAUGCGACUUUUUACAACAAAAUGCCAUAGAAAUUUUUGAAACUGCUUAUCAAAAUGAAGCUUUCACUGAUAUAUGGAAUUAUUGUUUUGAUAAAAUUUGUGAAAAACCAGCUGUAUUAUUGGAUAAAUUUAUCAAUUUAAAAGAACCUUUAUUAGAAUUACUUUUGAAACGGGAUGAUUUAUUAUUAGAUGAAGUUGUUGUAUGGGAUAAUCUUAUUAAAUGGAGUUUCGCUCUACAUCCUUCUAUUCAACAAAAUGUUAAGAAAUGGAAUAAAGAGGAAAUUACAAUUAUGAGAAGAACCCUUCACAAAUUUAUUCCUUUAAUUAGAUUUUAUCACAUAACUUCAGAGGAUUUUAUUUUAAAGGUAGAUCCUUUUAAAGCGUUGCUUCCUGAAGAUAUAAUUGAUAAUUUACUUGCAUUUCAUAUGAAUUCAAAUAAGGAAUUAAAUAUUGAUUUACAUCCUCCUAGAAUGCCUAAAUAUGAUUCUAUUAUAAUUAAUGGUAGUUAUUUUGCUAUCCUUGCUAGUUGGAUUGAAAAGAAAAAUCAUUUUUAUUAUAAUGAAAGAAAUAUUCCAUAUAAUUUUAAUUUACUUUAUCGUGCUAGUAGGGAUGGUGAUACGCAUGCAGACUUUCAUAUUAAAUGUGAUAAAAAAGGAGCUACUAUGGUUGUGAUAAAAAUCACGGAUUCGGAGCAAAUAGUUGGAGGAUAUAAUCCAUUGGAUUGGAAUUCAAGUAACUUAUGGGUGUCUGCGAAAGAUAGCUUUUUAUUCUCAUUUACAGAAAAAAAUAACUUUCAAAGUGCAAAAGUAGGUUAUAGUAAUAAUAAUAAGUAUUCUAUAGGUUACUUUUCAGAUCAUGGCGUGGUCUUUGGUACUGAUUUAUAUUUUUAUGAAGGGAUUUGGCAUAGCCAGAAAUAUAAUACUCAUUCUUAUCCCGAAAUUGGUAUACCAAGAAAGAUUUUUGAAGCGGAUGACUAUGAAAUUUUUCAAGUUGUUAAGAAAUAA